AUGGGAGUUAAUAGUACUCUCAAAAUCACGGGGGAGUUAAAAUUUAUCUGCAGCACCGGUGACUACAAAACAGUAACUUCAACUUUUUGUAUUCGCCGAAGAUGCUAUAAUGUAGCUACUAACAGUUCCGAUCUCACUCUCAUAAGCUAUCAUAACCAUAGACUCUGGGCAUGGAACGCUGAAAGUUGGAAUGGUUAUUCUCCUCUAAGCAUACCAAGGCUAAUCUUUCUACAAGAGAAUUCUUAUGGAUCAACCUUAGAAUCUCGUAUUCAGUCUGUAGUAAAAGGAACGGAUCUUCAAAAUCGAUUAAGAGAUUUCAUAGAUAAGUAG